UCUCCCUGACGGGAGAUCCCGUGACCGCCUCCCCCUCCCCUGGGCCGAAAAAGCCAACGCGGGCUGCCAGACGGCGGCACAGUCGCACUUUUAAUUGCUUUCGCUUUCACUUUUACCCUUCGGCCACGUUGCGGGUAUUUUCUCGGAACGAAAAACGUUUCUAUGUUCGGAGUUUUUUCGAGGGCGCGGAAGCCCCAGGCAAGGGACCCAGGUCUUCAAAGCAUCGUGUGUGAAAGACGGGAAAUGGCAUUUCUACAGCGUCGGGAAAACGUCGAGAGCUUUCUGAGCGCCCUGAAGAGGAGCGGAGAAGAGGAACUCCGGCUAAUUCUAGUUGGAAAAUCCGGCAGCGGGAAGAGUGCCACGGGUAACACCAUCCUCGACCGGAGAGAGUUUGAGUCAACCUUGACAGCAAAGAUCACCACCCUGAAGUGCCAAAGGGGGCAAGGCAGCUGGCAGGGCUUGACGGUCAUCGUGGUCGACACGCCAGCCAUGUUUGAUUCUGACAACUACAAUGAGAUUGUGCGACGUGAGGUCAUGGCUUGCAUCGAAGUCUCCCGGCCGGGUCCACAUGUCCUCAUUUUGGUAACCCAGACGGGACGCUUCACCGCGGAAGACGUGACCGCUGCAAAAUGUGUCUGGGAUAUCUUUGGGGCCGAGUCCGCCAGGCACACAAUCGUCCUCUUCACCUGCGUGGAGGAUUUGGGUGGGGACUCCCUGCAGGAGUACGUCCGAAAGUCCGACAACAAGAAUCUGCAGGACCUGAUCCAGCAGUGCGGCAACCGCUUCUGUGGGUUCAACAACAAGGCGGUGGGAGCCGAGCGGGAGAGGCAGGUCUUGGAGCUGAUGGAGAUGGUGCAGACAACCGUUUUGGCGAACGGGGGGAGAUACUAUGUCAACCAGCUGUACUUGGAGCCCAACUUAUGGGAUGAAGGCAUCAAGCUGUUCCUAGAUCGGAACAAAAUGGCCCGGAGAAAAUCGGAGAGAAGUUGGUGGCAUAAUCGUUAUUGUAUUGCUGGUCUCUUUGUGGGUAUUGUGUUUUUCAUUGUUAUUGUGAUACAUUUUUCUUAAGGUGUUCUCCUUUCUAAACGUCCGGUGGUCGUAUGUGCAAUAAA